AUGGACAAUGACAUGAGGACAACGGCCACGUCCUCCUUUGAGGGCGAAAAGAAGCGGGAGCCGGGAGCCGUCUCCGUGUCUGACCACACGUCUACAACUGAUCUCCAACACCGCGACAACACAAACAAACCCGCCGAACUUGACACUGAGAAGAUCGAUCAUGACUCGACGAUCGACGGUGAUACAACAAUCUACCCGUCUGGAUUUAAGCUGGCCGUCAUCGUUCUCUCCCUCAUCCUUGCGAUUUUCCUCGCCUCCUUAGACAUGACAAUCGUCGCGACGGCCAUCCCCAAAAUCACGGAUGAAUUCAAAGGCCUCUCCGAUGUCUCAUGGUAUGGCUCCGCCUUCUUCCUCACGAACGGCGGCUUCCAAUCCUCCUGGGGCAAGGCCUACAAGUACUUCCCCCUCAAGUAUACCUUUCUCGCCGCCAUCUUCGUCUUCGAACUCGGAAGCCUCGUUUGCGGCGUCGCACCCACCUCCACCGCCUUGAUCAUCGGCCGCGCCAUCACCGGCAUCGGCGCCGCUGGCAUGGGAACUGGAGCUUACACCAUCAUCGCCUUCGUCGCCCCUCCGCGACAGAGGUCGAUGUACCUUGGAAUUGUCGGCGUUGCCUAUGGUAUCGCCUCAGCAGUAGGACCUCUGCUAGGAGGCGUCUUCGCCGACAAGGUUUCCUGGCGCUGGUGCUUCUACAUCAACCUACCCAUCGGUGGGCUGUCGGCGCUGAUGAUCUUCUUCUUCUUCCAAGCGCCGGAUGCCACAAAGCCAACGGUCGUGUCAUGGAGGGAGAGGCUUCUGCAAAUGGACCUGCUUGGUGUCGCCAUGAUCAUGGGCGCGCUUUUGUCAUAUGUCCUGGCCCUCCAGUACGCUGGUGUCAGUGCGGCAUGGAACAGCAGCCUCGUCGUCGGCCUGCUGGUCGGUUUCGUCUUGAUCCUGGUGGCCUUCGGCAUCUGGGAAUACUUCCAAGGCGAACGCGCCAUGAUCGUCCCUCGACUCUUCAUCCAGCGUCCUAUCGGAACAGCCUGUCUCUUCACGCUCUUCUUUAGCGGGUCGUGCUUCCUCGUCAUCUACUACCUCCCAAUCUACUUCCAGAGCGUCUUCAACGUUAGCCCUACCAUGUCGGGAGUCAACAAUCUCCCUCUCAUCAUCGCCAUUUCCAUCGCCAUGAUCUUGUCUGGCGCCUUCGUCAGUGCCACUGGUCUUGCUGCUCCCGUUAUGCUUGCGAGUGCUGCCAUUGCCAUGAUCGCAUCUGGGUUACUGUAUACCCUUGAUGUCGACACCAGCACGGGCAGGUGGGUCGGUUACCAGAUCCUCGGAGGCGUUGCCUGGGGUAUGGCAUGGCAGUUGCCCAUCAUUGUCGGCCAGGCUAGUGCUACCCCAAGCGACAUCUCCACGGUCACGGCAAUGAUUCUUUUCUUCAUGAACUUCGGCGGCACUACUUUCGUCUCCGCGGCUCAGGCAGCCUUCGUUAACACCAUUCUCAACACCAUCCCUUCAUCCGCUCCAGCAGUCGACCCUACCACGGUUGUCGACACGGGUGCCACGCAGAUUCGAGCGAUGUUCCCGGUCGAGCAGGUGUCUGGUAUCGUUUCAGCAUACAUGUCCGGCAUCAAAGUCGCUUUUGCUAUUUCCAUUGGCGCAACCGGUCUCGCCUGCAUCAUAAGUCUGUUUUGUCGAUGGAGGCGACUUAAUCCCGAUGCCGCGAAGGGCGGUGGUGCUGCAUAA